AUGGAUAGGUUGGUCACAAGAACGAAUCCUGGGCAACCAAGUUCUAGUUCUACUAAUCCAUCUAUUGCUUCAUCCAUAGCUCCAGAAAUUCAGAGGGACAAAUUUCUUUCUGAUCUUGAUUUAGAAUCUCUCAACGCUAAUCCGGGAGAUAAAAAGCCUAUUACAGAAUACAAUCCUAAUAUACUAUAUCAAAUGAUGCUGCAUAUUGUUUGUGUUGCUAUUUGUUCAAAAAAUGAACAUGAAAGUCAUGGAAAUACGGGAUAUGCUUUUACAAAAAAUGGCUUUAAAACUUGGAACAAGGCUAUUGAAAGAUUUAAAGCUCAUGUUGGAGAAAUAAAUAGCAUGCACAACAAGUGUUUCAACAUGAUGCUUGAUUUAAUGAAUCAAUCACAAUCAAUUCGCACUUCUUUUGACAAACAAUCUGAGAAAGGAAAGAGUGAAUCUCGACGUCGCUUGAGUGCUUCAAUUGAUGUGGCAAGAUUUAUUUUGAGAUUAGGUUUGUCAUUUCGUGGGCAUGAUGAGAGUCAAUCUUCUACAAAUAGAGGUAUCUUUCUUGAGCUUUUGCAAUGGUAUAGAGAUAUUGAUCGGGAUAUUGAAAGCAUUAUAUUAGAAAAUGCUCCAAGAAAUGAAAUAAUGUGUUCUCCAAGUAUUCAAAAAGAUAUUGUUGAUGCUUGUGCUAAAGAAACAAUCACAGCUAUCAUUGAAGACCUGGAUGUGGAUUUUUUCGGGAUACUAGUUGAUGAAUCAAAAGACAUAUCACACAAAGAGCAAAUGACACUUGUUUUGAGAUAUGUUAACAAAGAAGGCGAAGUCAUAGAGAGAUUUGUUGGUAUUGUUCAUGUUAGUAAUACAUCAGCUAUGUCAUUGAAAAAGGCAAUCUGCUCUUUUCUUUCUGAUCACUCAUUAAGUCCAACGCAAAUACGUGGACAAGGUUAUGAUGGGGCUAGUAACAUGCAGGGAGAGCUAAAUGGUGUUAAGACUUUGAUUUUGAAUGAGUCUCCAUCAACAUAUUGCAUUCACUGUUUCGCUCACCAAUUGCAAUUAACACUUGUGGCUCUUGCAAAGAAGCAUUCAGAUGUAGAUGACUUUUUUUGUAUAGUUACUAAUGUCUUAAAUAUUGUUGGAGCAUCUUUUAAGCGCAGGGAUUUGCUUCGAGAACAUCAAGCUGAAAAAUUAGAGGAAUUGCUCAAAUCAGGUAAAGUGCAUACUGGACGAGGAUUAAAUCAAGAACGUGGGCUUCAACGACUAGGUGAUACUCGUUGGGGUUCUCAUUAUAAAACGUUGGAUAACCUUAUUGUCCUAUUUCCAUCGAUUAUUUAUGUGCUUGAAUUUACUGCACGUGAGUGUCCAAACUAUACCGACAGAAUUGUUGCUGAAAGUCUUAUGGGUAAGAUUCAGGAAUUUGAUUUUGCUUUUAUGUUGCACUUGAUGUUAAAAGUUUUAACAAUGUCAAAUGAGUUAAAUUGUGCAUUACAAAGGAUGGAUCAAGAUAUUGUCAAUGCUAUGGGACUCCUUGCUCUUACAAAGCAACGAUUACAAACGAUGAGGAAUAGUGAAUAUUGA